AUGGUCCCAACGCGAAUGCUUGACACCUCUCGUCUCGAACUACAAUCAGCUGGCCCACGUGACCAGGAACCGAGUCGAACGGUGGUUGUCUUUGCACUAACAAUCUAGACGCAAAUCCCACACAAGCAUGGCGACACACGAAAGUCGCUUCCUGCGCGACCAAAGCGCCCCCACGUCCUCGAUCACGCAGGAUGAAACGUCCGCGUCGGUCGUGUCCGACUCGGUGAUGCUACCCAUCAUGGAUAUGAAGCCCCAUACGUCGGCGCACGCCACCGCCGACGACGACGUCCUCGUCGAGCAAUCCAACUGGAUGCGGUGGUACUUGGGCGCGCCAGGCACUGUCCUCGGCACCGUUGUGGGGAUUGUCUUGGUCGUCGUGCUGAAACAAGUUCCUGUGAUCUACGACAUGACCGAGGAAAACUCAGACUUUGCCGAGUACUUUCACGGCGUCGGCGUGCUCUACUUCCGAGCGCUCACUUGCGUCACGAUCCCACUGGCGUUCAUCAACGUCGCCAUGUGCGUGUCAGACAUGGUGGCGUCCAAGAUGAAGCGCAAGCUCCAGUUGCUGCUCUUGACGACCUUUACGACCGCCUGCGCGUUGGCCCAGGGGCUCUUUUGGUGUUACUUAUUCACGGGCUCGUUCGACAGUGAUGGGUAUAUGGCGCCACUGGCCAAUACCUCUGCUGUCAUGGCGUUUCAGUGCCCGUCAUUAAGCGGCGACGCGAGCCCUGCGACCCUUCGCCAAGACGUGGCCACGGGCGCCCUUGUCUGCGGCAGCGCCAACGACACCAACAGGACGACGGAGAUUUUUUCGUUCAAGGACUUUCCGUUUUCAGCACGAAGCACGGGCCCUCGACUGCUGUCGUUUCCGUCCACUAUUGACGAGAUCAAGUACAUGGUCAACCUCGUCGUACCAAACAACAUGGCGUCCAUGCUGAUGGAGAACAACGUGAUGGGGGUUGUCACAGUCGCCAUCAUGUUUGGCAUUGCGUGUGGUCUAACGAGCCGCAAGGACAGAGACAAUCGCCUGGAGGACAUCCUGCGCGAAUUCCACGCCAUCUUCAAGACGAUGCUGUCGUAUGUCAUUGCGGUGACCCCCGUGGCUAUCAUCCCACUGAUCGCAGCACCUCUGCUUGCCCACACGCAUACAGUGAGCGCGGACACCCCGCGCCUCGCUGCGUUCCUUGGCACGUUCCUCCUGGCCGCGACGGGCCAUUGCGUCAUCGUGCUCCCCCUCGUGCUCCUCGUGUGCACGGGAACCAACCCAAUGCGAUACAUGGCGCUCAUGAAAGAAGCUCUCGUGUACGGUUUCUCGUGCAGUUCGUCCAGCAAGAGUGUCCCCGUCGCGACGCGUUCCAUGGAUGGCUUGGCAGGCAACCGCAACGUCGCUCGGUUUGCCGCAUCCAUCGGUACGUGUAUCAACAAGAGCGGCGGCGCGUUGUACGUGUGCAUGGCUCUCAUCUGGACUUUCCACAAUGCCGGCCUCGGUGACCAGCUCACUUUUGUCCGCCUCGGCGUUGUCAGUGCUGUGUCACUCGUUGCAUCGCUCGCGAUUCCGCCGGUCCGCACGGGCGGUGUCGCGAUUGUCGUGUCGCUUUUUACGUUCCUCAGUGGUGUGCCCAUCACAUACUCGUACAGUUUUCUUCUCGUCGCCGAGUGCAUCUUGGACCCGCUCGCGACCGUGAUCAACCUCUGGGGCAACGUCCUCGUCGCUCGCAUCAUUUCGUUCAACAGCGUGUCGUCGUCCAGGUCGUAGAGUCCCAGGUCUUGUGCCCCCCAACCGCUUAACUUAUCCACAUUUGUCGUGUUCUUUGUGCAAUUUCAUAUUAUCUACGCCACAAAGUUGGAAUAAAAAUCCCUCUAGAAAGUCAACUCAUGUGAAAUAUUUUUUAUUCGUUGGACGAUCCCCAAA